AUGUCCACGUCUACAUCCCGUCCCAUUAGCCAACAUCGGCUGUCCGUGAGCGGACCCAACGCCUUGAGCGUGCCCACCCGCAACUCGUUCAGCCGAACACAUUCGCACAGCACCACCGCCAACCCACCCAAUCGCAUCAGCCGCCGGAAGAGCUCAACCUUCUCCAAGUCGGCCCUUGCGUCGCUGCAGGACAUGGCCAAUCAGUCCAAUCCGGGCUCCCUGCCCACCCAUCCGCACGCCCAAUCCUCCGCCUCGGUCCUGAGCAGCAGUGCCGUGGUCGACGGGCCUUCUCUCUCCUCCYUUCAGGCCGUCGACAAGAAGCUCAAGAUGCGUCGUGCCAGCGAUGGCAUUCAUUUGUCGAAAAAGGACAAGGCAGCCUCGGGCGAGCUCAAAUGCGAGCACUGCGGCAAGGCUUAUAAACAUGGAUCCUGCUUGACGAAGCAUUUGUGGGAACACACUCCCGAGUGGCAGUUGACGUCGAAACUGCUCAUCUCGAAACACCAGCAAGUCCAACUUCUCGAAGCUGCAUCAGUGCUGGUGGCUAUGAACCAAGACGGUCCAAACGACRGCGACAACUCGUCUUCUCCUGCCGCCUCGGGCUCGUCUGAUAUGCGGGAUGAGGAGCUCAGCUCGACCGAGACCACACCGCCUCCACACCUCGACCAUUCCUACCGGGAUUCCAAGCGGCUCAGCAACGAGAGUAGCCUUUUCUCGCGUUCCUACCAGUCCGUCUUCUCGGAAAGCGGUCCCAAUGCCGAGAACGGUUUUGCGCACCAUCGCCAGUGGAGCACCUCCAGUGCCAGCCGGCCCGUGACGGCAGAAAGUUUUGGUGGUGACGAGGCAGAUCUGGCGGCAGCUGUGGGAUUGCUGAGCUGCAGCUAUGGUACACCAAAGACCGGUCCCACGGGUCUUUCAGCAGAUGUUCCUCCAGUCCCGCCUCUUCCCGCCAAAUACCAGAAGACCGCCUACUCGAACCUCCGUAAUAAUCGGGCUGAUGAUGUCGAUAUGGAGGGCGAUGAAAGCUUUGACGACGAGCCCCAUGGCAGGCAUGAGGAUGUCGACGAUGGGAUUUUUGGCAAAAUGGACGCAUAG